AUAAUUAUGAUCGUGGUUUUUUAGGGAGAUAUCAGAGACUAGAGGGAAUAAGCCUCCCGUUUCAGUUUCACUGCGCGGAGACCACCCCUCAAGAACCAGGCAUCGUCCAUCUUGUCUUUCCAUCUUCCAUCUAACGCUUCUGUCGAGAAACCCAUCUCGAUAUCAACAGCAUGGCGCCAUCAAGUGGGCACCUGUUGCUCCCCAAGGUUUGGCGGGCAGCCAGGUUUGCCUACGAGAAGGCGUAUAGAGCCCUCAAAUCGAAAUUCCCUGAGCAGAUCCAGCAGGCUCAGCUGCGAUUGCAGCCAGCCUAUGCUCGAAUUACCCCCAAGCAACCCAUCAGCCGUGCCGCUGCUAUCCGCCAGGCCCGUGGCCGAUACUUCUCUACACACGCAGCUGGCAAGCUUGUCAAUGCCGCUGCCGCCCGUGGAAGCGCCCCUUCUUACCAGAGCACUCGUGUCGGUUCUGCCGUCAGUCGCCUUACUGCGCAAGCGCCCUUCGCGACGACUCUUCGUCCUAACCUGACGGGUGGUACUCUGGGUCGGACAGCGGGAGGCUAUGCUAUCGGUGCCGGGCGUGUUGGAGGAGCCCGGUACUUCUCGCAUGGGCCGGCGAACCCCGCGCAGGUCAUCAACAAUGUCUCGCAAGGAGUACGUGCUUUCUUCUUGUCCGGUCAGAGGGUCAGAUUCGAUGGAAUUGAUCCUCGUACGGGCGAGAAGCGUUACAAGGCUGUGACUGCUCUCCAGGAUCAGACUGAACGCCGCAUGGCAGAUAUCCCACGCGCGAGUCCCGGCUCAUACAUUGACUUUGAAGUUUCUCCUACCAUCACCGCUUUCGGUGUCAUGGGGGAACUGCAAAAGAAGCAGGUGUCGGCUGAGGAUUUUGAGCAAAACACUCUUAGCUCCGAGGGCCUUCUAGAGCUGCUGUCCGUCGACUUCGCACGUGCUUUAAAGGAUUUUGCUGCUGUGCUGAACGAUCUGAAGCGUCUCUCGGCACUAGGAGACUUGCCUAUCUCUCUUCAAGGGAAAUCCACAAUCCGAGUGGGAUUCCCGGGUUGCGAUGCGGACACAGUGGAGCGACUAUGUGAUGAAGUGGGAGUUGAGAGGGGCCGAAUCAUCCAAGAUGAGGACUUCGAGGUCCGCAACGCAGCUGAUCUCGCUCUUCUCUUCCCAUUUGCCCCCAGCGUUGCACCUUCAUCCGCGGCUGGUUACUUCAAUCUGAGAGACCCGCCCGGACAGCAGACUCCACAUGAAGUCGACUGGCGCGACAUGAUGUCUUCAGAACGCAAGACACAUCCUUCGUGGAUCUACUCACCGCACACUGGAACGGGUCUGGACUACGAGGACGUUGAGAUGUUCGGGCCAAACCCUUGGACAACCUCGCCGUCUGGCUAUUCUAGCGUCGACAUCAGUGAACUGGGUGAUAGGGGAUUCUUUCCUGAGUUGUCCGUCACAGGAGGUUCUCGAUCCGCAGAUCAUGAAGGUCUCGGGGGGAUAUAUAGAUUCAUUUCUGAAUGCGACCAAGCUGCAGCGGGUCGUUAACUUUUGUUCUCUUGACACAGGCUUCGACAGCCAUCUCCUUUUGUUGAUUUCAUUUUUGAUAUGGCGUUUUCUGGAAUACCUUAUUUGUUUUACUAUCAGAUUAGGUGUGAGCCGUGAUAGCGUUGAGAAGAGACCAUCAUGGCUCCGCUGGAUCCGUCCGAUAAGGAUGUUGAUCCGAUAGACUGUCGUUGACACUCUCCACUAAUACUACUGUCUACUUGAUGUAUUGCCGAAGCUGUAU